GAGAGAGAGAGAGAGAGAGAGAGAGAGAGAGAGAGAGAGAGAGAGAGAGAGAGAGAGAGAGAGAGAAAGAGAGACCAAAGUGGGUCAGAAACACACGUCGUGUUCAGGCAAAAUCCAUGUGCCCAUAUGGACGAUUGUGAAGGGGGAAACGCAGUACUACUACUGCGUUGGGGACACCAUUAUAUUAUUAGUCAUCGCCUUCGUUUUGAGCCACUAUCAGAGGAACCAAAAGAAGAGAGUCAUUGAAAUAGAGAGAGAGAGUGUGUGUGUUUUCACAAAGCUUUGUACUGUAAAACUCAGAAAAAGCUUGAGGCUUGUUUUAGGUGACUUGGGUGUUUUUCUCAACUGGGGUUUGAUUGUUUUUUUUCUUAGAAAGGGAAUUGGAAAAUGAAGGAGAAAAGUGAAAGUGGAGGUGGAGGUGGUGGUGGGUAUGUGAGAGCGGAUCAGAUAGAUCUGAAAAGCUUGGAUGAGCAACUUCAAAGGCAUCUGAGUAGAGCAUGGACUAUGGAAAAGAACAAGAAAAAAGAAGAGGAAGAAGAAGAACAAGCAAGGUCUACUGUCUCAUCUACCAGACAAGAAUGGGAGAUUGACCCUGCUAAACUCAUCAUCAAGAGUGUAAUCGCUCGUGGAACUUUCGGAACUGUUCACCGGGGACUUUAUGACGGCCAAGACGUUGUGAUUCAAAAAUUGGCAGUUGUGAUCUUGGGGUAGUCUAACUCGAACGGA